UUCCGUCCAGCCGGCGCAGCCAGGUAGUCGAGGGGAAGAUGGCCAGCAACGGGGAGAUCUGGCUGCAGUGGUUCUCGUGCUGUUUCCAGCAGCAGCGCUCUCCCUCCCGCCGCCCACACCAACGCCUGCGCAUCGACCGGUCCAUGAUCGGCAAUCCCACGAACUUUGUCCAUACGGGCCACAUCGGAUCCGCGGACGUGGAGCUGUCGGCUAACCGCCUCAACGCGAUCUCAACCCAGAUGCAGGGCAAGGGCGGCUACGAGGCAAACUCGAUACAUUCGCUUCAUGCCUGCUGAUGGAAGACUCCCCCCGCCACCUCGCUAUACCAGCUAUAAAAUGCAUUUCGUGCAAUUUUUUUUUCUACAAAAAAAAAUGGAGUGAAGCAGCAGAAGCAGUAGCAGAGAAACACAUUUUACAAUUCUUUCUUUGUGGCGUGUUAUCAGGCAGACAUGGAAAACGAAAAUGGAGGAGGGUGGGUGUGAAAGGUGCUGACAGUGUCCGUACUCCGUACCCCAGACCACGGACCACGGAACCCGGAGCACAAGAAAGCAAUUUUAAUGUAUAGAUUCCAGAAAGCGCACAGACUAACCGACAACGGAUUUCAUUCCCGCAAAUAUCGAUGGAACUGCCAAGAGUUGAGUGUUUUUUUUUGGCAAAUGUGUUUUUUUUGCGAGUAUUAGCUAUAUGAAAAAUCGCAAAAGAACAGUGCCAAGCGACUAAAAUCAAUCAAUAUUGAAAGUAAGCACAAAACAAUAACGAAAGUAUACAGAGUCAGUUCGAAUGUAAUGUAUCAUUUUUUUGGAUGUACUUAAUGCCAAAAAUCAGGAUGGAACUAUAUAUUUGCCAGUUCUAGUUCCUACCCAAUGAAGAAAAAAGAAAAUAAAUCAUUUCCAAAACCUCAUUUUGGAGCGCAUGCAACAAUAAUAAAUAAUAAUGUAUGUGCUGAUGAAAACUGCCUUAUAAUCAGUUGCGCAACCAACAACAAUUAUAGUCUGAUCCAUGAUAUUUGGCUUAAGUGGUGCAACUACCGAAUCUUUUUUAAAAAUAGCCGAUUUAGCAUUUACGGAACACAACGUUAUGGACUAUAUACGGAAAGUGUCGCACAAUUAUAUUUAACGCACAAAUCACUAUAUUUAGUACAUCUUCCCAAAUCGAAUAAUUGUUAGCCUCAUAUAAGGACUAGAUCCCGAACAGACUGGGUUAUUUGAUUUUUAGGCAGGACGACAAUGCAAGUAGAGACCCAAGCGUACCUUUGUAGUAUCCCACAUCAAAAAUCGAAUAUAUAUAUUUGUAAAAUGCUGUUGUAGAUAACAGAGGAAAGAGUUUAAAAAUGCGUUGGGUUUUAAGCAUAUAGACUAAUUGUAUAAACAAAAUAUUUAAGCAAUAAUUUAUGGAAAAAUAUAUAUAUAUUUAAAAGCAACAACCCGUAAA